GCAGAGUCACUUCCUUGGUACAGUGCUUCAUGGCAUUUAUGAUCACAGGUGUUUGGUUCAGAGUUUUGUGUAUUUUCUGUGUGGCCGUGUUACCAGAUGUAUGAUGACUUCUCCCUUUCCCACUAUUAUGAUGGUAGGAUGCGUUAUUGCUUUCAUCCUCAUAUGCGUGUGUCUUAUCACCUGCUGUGUGGCUCCUUGUUGCUUGUGCUACAAAUGCAGAAAACAGCGCAACCAAAGACAGAUAGUGGAAAUAAACACUGUAGCCAACAUGCCCCAGCCUUACUACUCACCAUCUGGAUAUCAACCACAACCUCCAGCUUACCAGGCCGUGGCAGAAUAUGAGGGCUCCACUCUGCCCACCACCUCGCCACCGUCAUAUUGGGAUGCCAUUUCUACAGCGCAUUCAGCUCCUUUUGUGCCAGGACAUGCGAUGUAUCCUCUCACUUCUCCCAGUCAGCCUAGCGCACCUCCACUACCUUCAGAUGAACUUGCACAGCCCCCUUACAAUCCCUUAUACAGACCACAAUAUUGAUCUAAAAGUUUGCUACUCGAGCAAACUGUAUAUCUCAAAGACCUAGUUCAAUCAGUUUGGUAUUGUCAGUGUCACAAAAACUCACUAUAAGGUGUUAAAUUAUUACUGAUUUACCCAUCAAUGUUUGUGGAGAACUGAAUAUGUACUACUGCUUUAUUGGUGUGUGUGUGUUUGUGUAGCUGUUAUCUUUCUAGCAGACACUCUUAUGUAAAAUGUGAACAAAAGUCAGUUCACAUGCAAACAUUUUCUCAAUAGGAUCAAAUUUACAGUGUGUUCAUAUUCAUUUACCAUUUCUGCAGAAAAGUUCCAUUAGUUCUUGGUUUUUCUUUGUUAAUAUGUUCAGAUUUUGUUGCAAUAAAAGCAUUAUGGACACAAUAUCCAUAACGCUUUUAUACAUAUUUCUACAUGUAUAUAUAACAGAUAGAAAAUGUAUGUUUUAUAUAUAUUUGUUUAUUACUACAUAGCUCUCCUUUAGAUUUAAGAGUAAAUUGACAAUAAAAGUAUAUGCAAAACAAACAAAAACGCGUUUACCUGACAUGACUGGGAUUCCUAUAGUAACCCAGCAGAGGGCGCCUCUGACCCUUUUUUUUUUAACAAUAUUUUUUUCUAAACCCGUUUCUGCUUCCGGUUUUUCUCUUUUUUGUCCAGUUCAGCAAUGCAUUUUUGGGUGGGUGUUAAGUAUGUUUAUAGUCACAAGGUCUGCAUUGUUAUAUUUCUAUAUGGUUGUUAAAUAUUUGCAUAAACUCUGCAGAAGAUCAUGAGUAAACUUCUAUUUUUUUAAAAUAAA